UGCGCUAAAAACUUGAGAAUGUUGCCCUUGAAACCAAAUCAUCUUCAUUGUUGCAAGAAAGGCUUCAAGCUUCAGAUGAGUUGUGUCAGGCUUGUGGUAAUCGUAGUAAUCAUCGGAUGACUGUACGGCGGAUAACCGGGUAUUAUUGACUGCCAGUGCGCGUCCUCUGAACCUCUGACUGCCAGUACAACAAGCAUUGGUCCAUCACCGUCACAGAUAUACAGAAAUCCGCAAUCCAAUCAUCGAAUAAUCAUCUGAUUUGAACGAUUGAAUCUGGCAAGUGAUGUCUUUCGUUCCUCCUGAACUUGUUCUAUGUAUCUUAGAACACGGGUACUACACCUCGCUAUGCACCCCGAACUAUAGCCUCCUUAAAGCUGCUGCGCUGGUGUGUAAGACCUGGUCAGGACCUGCACAAACCCUGCUCUUUCGCUGCGCCACCAAACUUGAGCAGCACAAUAUCCCUAUAUUCCGUGCAGCACUACUCUCUUCGGCGAGCCGGGGAAAAGCCUUGGGUGAAUGUAUACGAAUCCUCGAAAUAUCAGUCGGAAAAACCUCGAAUGGGGGACGCGGAUGCAGUCCAGAUGACUUUGUAAUCCUUCUGCAGGCUUGUCCUCAGUUGUAUGAGCUCGCGCUGAGCAUCACUGGAGUACACGAAUUCGAGGAGGAGAUACUGAAGAAGCUGGGGGAUGUAGGGAGGAAACUGAAAGCGCUCACACUGGUGCAGUGUGGACUCCAAUCGCCCAUCCUUUUCCAACUGCUCAAGAUAUGGAAUAACAUCCAAUUUCUCAAAAUUGAAAAGGAGAUUGCUGCGUGGCCAUGGCGCACUGAUACCACGCCGGUGUUACGGAAAAAUAUUGACCCUGACGAGUUGGCACAACGACCUGGCGCAGAGGUUCACUUGUAUGAGCUUGCCCUGUCUAGGUUUCCAACAUCAGAUGUUUUAACCUGGUUGCUUGAAUCAUCUGUCGACUCCCUCCGCAUCCUAGAGCUGCGAGAUAUACCAGGACCCACGCAUCGAACUAUUCUUUCUCUUCAUGCCCCGCGACUUCGUUCCCUCCGUCUCACAAACUACAAUUGUAAUUCUGCCGCUUUCCUACGCAUGUGUACUGCGCUCGAAGAGCUAGUAAUUUAUCACGUGCCCACACAUUUUCCACUAGUACCCGACCUCCCACCCACUAUCGAACACCUCUCUUUCAGAAAUCCCAAUCACAUGUACCGCAACACGCUCCAGCCUAUCAUCGAAGCAGUGGACGCGCUUCCAAGCCUUAAAGUCCUGACGUGUGACAAGAACAUAGAGCAGCUGGUCGGAGAUUACGAGAUAUUGAAGGCGAAAUGCAGAAUGAAGGGUGCAGAGGUUAUCGUAUCAGAUAUGCCAUUCUGGGUGUAUGAAGACCCUAUCAAGGUACACCGUUUCCCUCGAACUCGUUCCGUGUCGAACUUCGACGCGAUGUUUUAAUCAUGAGGAAAGAACCAGACAAACUGCUGGCUCUGGUUUUGCGUCACGAGCUUAGAUCACUACACUAUGGGCAACAUACAUCGGAACCCUGGAUAAAUCUAAUCAGUUUUCCCGUUCAUAUAAAGCG